CCAUUACAACUAAAAUUGUUGAAAAAUACAAUCUUAGCUCUAAGAUGGGUAUAUCUGAUCUUAGUCAAUAUACCUCAGAAUUUCUUGAAAACCUUAUUGAUGAUAAGAAGCGGAAUCAGGCUUGCAGACGCCUUCGGGAUGGUUUAAAAUUUAGCAGUGAACAG